AUGACUACCACCAAUAAUAAUAAUAAAGUAUUAUUUAUCACUGGAGCAAGUACAGGUAUAGGUUUGGCAAUUACCAAAUACUUUCUUGAAAAAGGGUACAAAGUUGCAGCAACAUCAAGAUCAAAAGACAAUCUCCUCAAGGUAGUUGGUAACGAUGACCCAAAUCAAUUCCUUGCAUUGGAAAAUGACUUGUUAAAUGAUGAAGCCAUUAAAAAGACGGUUGAAGAGGUUGUUUCAACAUUUGGAAGAAUUGAUAUCGUUGUCAAUAAUGCUGGAUUUGGAUAUUAUGGCCCAGCUGAAGGACACACCAUGCAAGACUACAAAAAUCUAUUUGACAUUAAUCCAGGCUCUCAUCUCUUUAACGUAUCAUCGAUCUGCAGUACUUGGGCAAUCCCAUUGUUUGCAUCGUACUCUGCCUCCAAGUCUGCAUUGGAUGGUCUCACCGAAUCGUAUGCCGCCGAAGUAAAAGAAUUACUUGGUAUUAAUGUAACCAUUUUAAAUAUUGGUACCUUCCAAUCAUCGUUCCAAUCGAGUACUCGUGAACCAUCGAUCGAUUUGAAAGCCAAGUAUGCCUCUGUCUAUGCAAGCUUUAGUUCCUCUGAAUCUUUGAAAUUAUUGGAGUGGAAAGACCCAGUCAAGAUUGCAGAAAUCAUCCAACAAGUCAGUGAUCGUCAAGGACCAGCUCCACUCCAUCUAUUCAUCGGUCCAGAUUCUGACCAUCUUGCAAGACAAAAGAUUAAACUUUUACAAAAAGAUUUGGACGAUAAUGUAGAUUUAACCGUUCAUAAAUUCUUACCUUCUUCUGCUUAA